GGCUAUUUCCCUGCACAUGGGGUGUGUGUUCUGUGGACGAUCCUGCAGCAAGUCUAUGAUAGCAGGAGGUUACAGCGAACAAGCUGGAGUCUCGGUGAAGACACAUCACCCAGUGAUUCAGAGGGACUGGGAUUUACUUGCUUUUGAAAUGGAAGAGGAGGAUUUGUUUCAGACCGAACAUGUCUUGACUGCCAGUGAGGAUGAGGACGACAGCGAUGAUGAGAGGAAGCACCAAAAACUACUGGAGGCAAUUAGCUCCCUGAGUGGCAAGAAAAAGAAGAAGUUGGCAGAGAGGACAGAGGCCAGCUUGCAGGUGUCAGAAUUCACUGUCAGUUCAGAAGGUGCUAAUGAGAAGAUUGAGCUAUCAGAUCUGCUGGGAACCAUUCAACCAUCCUCUUCCUCACUGAGCUCUGUGAAAAAACAGCUCAAGAUAUUUGAGAAGACAAACAAAACCCUAGACUUACCUCUCAGUAAACAGCAAAGUGAAAAGAUUCAAAGAUCGUUGGCAUAUGAGAAAACGUCAAAGGAGGUUGCAAAAUGGAAUCGUACUGUGCUACAGAACCGGAAAGCGGAGCAGCUCACCUUUCCAUUAAAUGAGGAACCAGUUACUGUCAAACCAGUGGAAGAAAUAAUAGCAGGCUGGAAGGCACGGACUCCCUUGGAACAGGAGAUUUUUAAUUUGCUUCACAAGAACAAGCAGCCCCUGGCUGUGCCUAUACUGACAGCUGCAGAACAGGCUUCCCUUCGAGCUAUGAGUCUGGAGGAGGCAAAAGAACGUCGAGCUGAGCUGCAGAAAGCAAGGGUCCUUCAAUCAUACUAUGAAGCCAGAGCGAAAAGAGCAAAGAAAAUCAAGAGCAAAAAAUUCCACAAAGUGAUGAAGAAGGUUAAGCAGAAGGAGAUUUUGAAGCAGUUUGAAGAACUCAGGAAGACCAAUCCUGAGGCAGCUCUUGAAGAACUGAAUAAGAUGGAGCAAACACGAAUGGAGGAACGAAUGACACUUCGGCAUCAAAACAGUGGAAAAUGGGCCAAAUCUAAAGUUGUCAUGGCAAAAUAUGACACUGAGGCUCGCAAUGCAAUCCAGAAGCAGCUGGAGAAGAACAAAAUGCUUACAACAAAAUUGUUAGUUCCAUCGGAGAGUGAGGAAGAAGCUGAAGCCGAGGUGGACAUGGGUGAUACUGUUCCAGGUUUUGUGAAUGAUGUUGAGACAAAUAUGGUAGCCAAUCCUUGGAUGUUGGGAAGAUUGAGUACUGAUGCUCAGAGUUUUGAAGCCCAAGAAAGGGAGAUUGCCACUCUUGUAAAGGUUGAUGGAAAUGAAGAAUCAGAUGAUGGGGAGAAACUGUCAGAAGAUGAGGCUCUGCUGCAGGAGUUUGAGGAACGGCGGAGAACACGCAGAGAAUAUGAUGGUGAGCUGGCUGGAUCACCUGUUAUUGUAGAUGAGAACAAGGAUGAAGAAAAUGUGAAAAAUAAUGAUGAAGAAAAAGAAAGCACUGUCCCUGAUGACCAAGGUGAGAAGGAAGAGCAUCUUGAACAAGACCUGAAUGAGUUUAAUCAUCUUUUUCAGAAAUUGAUUCAGAAUAAAUCGGAACCUACAUCAAGAAACCCUAAAAAAUAUCAAAGGAAAAAUAAGAAAAUGAGAACUAAGAAAAACAAGGAGGCUGUAGAGAUGUCAGAAGAGCGAGAAGAGCCAAUACUAGAUGAACAGCUAGAGCGCAAAAGGACAAUGGAAGAGUAUGAGACUUUGGGUCAGGAUGAAGGCCUUGACCUUAGUGAGGCCUCAGUCUUGGAUAGACAACAAAUCAUUGGAGAUGCAAUAGAUUCAGAAAAUAAAUCCAACGCUAAAACUGAAGUAAAAAAGAACCAGCUCAUCAAUCCUAAGAAUGUGUUGAUGGUUGCAUCCAAAAGCAUUGAAAUGCCUUUGGUUCCAACAGCAAUAAAAGAGGAGAAUGAGGAACAAGAGGACCAGCGCAUGGUCAUCCAGGAGGCCUUUGCAUCAGAUGAUGUCAUUGAUGAAUUCAUAAAAGACAAGCAGAGGCAGAUUGAUGCUGGCAAACCAAAAGACAUUGACUUAACCUUGCCAGGGUGGGGUGAGUGGGCAGGACAAGGUCUUCAACCAAGCGCAAAAAAGAGAAGAAGAUUCCGCAUUAAAGCUGCCCCGCCUCUGCCUAGGAAGGAUCAAAAUUUGCCUAAUGUCAUAAUCAGUGAAAAACGAGACAUUGGCGUUGCAGCACACCAGGUAAAUGAACUACCUUUCCCAUUUUCCCAUCGGAAUCAGUUUGAGAAAAGUAUCUGUGCCCCCAUUGGGAAUACGUGGAAUACUGAGAGAGCAACGCAGAAAUUGACUAUGCCAAAAAUUGUGACAAAAAUGGGAGCAAUAAUUGAGCCAAUCUCGGAGGAUGAUUUACUUCAAGAUAAGAAGAAAAGUGCAAAGGCAAAAGUGGGACAGAAUCCUCAUAAACACAGAAAAGUACAGCAGAAGAAACCACCUCACUAAUGUCAAAAAACAUUGCUUAUACCACAAAGCUACUAACUUUUGGAGUGUCCAGCAGAUCCUUGACCUGUUAUGUAAUAAUGGAUUUUUGUCAUUCCCUUGCAGAGGCAGAGUGUGUGUUAAUCAAUUCUGCCAACCAGGCCAGAUUUUUGUCCCACCUUGACUGUACCACAAUGUGCUGAGGUGCCCUCUGACCAUCACAUUUUUGUAGAAUGAAGAAGAAAUCAAAACUGUUGUCACAUAUUGCGAUACAACUAGCAUUUGCAGAGUUUAUAUCUUAUGAAUCGUGAGCGAGAAUUGCAGCUCAUUUGUGAUUCUGUUGCAAAUGAAACUCUUGACUGCACUAAUCCAGGCAAGGGCAAGGCUCUCCUGGAUAGAUUACGUAAUUUGUAAACUGUGAGGCAUAAGAUUUGGAUACUGAAAGGAACAGUAUUCCUUAACAAAAACUGCAGUAAUAUAAUGUGUAGUUUAAACUAUUACUAGAGAAGAGAUGGAGAGGAAUGGAUGUUGCAAGGUAAACAUGAAUAAAAUACUCCUGCUAAUGAAAAA